AUGACUUCGGUCGUGCCCGCCGACCGCGCGUCACUUAUUCAACGGAACCGGGAAAUAUGCGGAUCAAUUGGACAGUCGCGCAAGAGAAAGUUGAGGGAACUAUAUGCGGUCAACACCAUCCUAGAUGACGUCCCAAACUUCCCUCUGGGACAACUCGACACCGCAUCCGUCGACGAUGCCGAAGCCAAGUUCCUUGAGGCCAACGAAAUCUCAAAGGGACGCAAACUGAAUAUACUCACCAUUCCGCCACGUCCCAAGUGUCCAUCAGGGUCUUUUCUGCACCAUGCCACCAUUGAUGUCAAGGAGAAGAUUGCGACGCAGUCGAGUCAAGUUGCAACCCAGGAUAGCGCGAACCUUCUCAAGAACAAACAUUCGGCUUUACAUUCGUCUAUGAACAAUGGCCAACGACUUCCAACCUCGCCAUCGACAGUACGCCCACCAAGCGAGGCCGCGCCUAAGCAGUCUCCGAAUUUGGCAACAACGUCAAUACGGCCACAGUAUUCGCCACAGCCAAACCUGCAUCCACCUCAAGCGAUACCCGCACGAGAGAUCAAGACAACUGCCGAAGCAAAACCUCCAGGUAGCCAACAACGUCCGAGUGCAGCCACAUUCAACAACAGAGAUGCGCCCCCUGCCUUAGGAUCCAAGGCAGUACCUCCAAGUCGCCGUGAUGACAUGUCCGCUCUUGCUCCUGAGGCACUGAAGCCAACGCAGACUCCGAAUGUACGACCAACUCAAGCGCGAUCAGAACACCACAAGUUGUCCAAUCAAGCUAUACAGCAGGAAAAUGUCCACAAAAUACAAGGAUCUGGACAAGUAUCUUCGAACGCCACUACUGCGAAUAAUCUGAAGACCAUGGGGACUCAGCCGCUUAUCACAGGACGAGAGCCGACCCGACCAGCCGAUACGUUGUCCUCUCCGAGUUCUACCGUUCACACGGUGACUACACCCGCAGUCUUGGAGACGCCCACUAACACAAGCCCCGAAAGUAACGGUUCGCACUUGGAAGAGAGACCAGCCGGCGCCGCAAAACCAAACGUAAAAUCUGAAGGAAAGUCAGAGGGAGUUCCAUCGGCGCCCGGGUCAAAAACAUCUGCUAGCAAUACCUCAAAAGAGCUGGAGGCACAGCUUUUGCAAGACUCUGCUGAUGCUGCUGCUGCGGGAAAGUCGCAGAACCCACCACUGCUUGUCGCUGCUUCAGAUGCAAUUCCCAAACCUGAAGAGAGAGCCCCAACAGAAAAUGCCGUUCACGUGGUACCUGCUUCGUCUUCGAUUGAGCCUGUCAAGGACAAAUCUACCACGACUACCAGCAUUGAUUCGCAACAAAAGCCGUCGGAUGCGAAUGACGAGGAAAACGCUAGAUCAGUAUCAGAUCGUGAUGCUUUGGACACCCAUCUACCAAAGCGAGAACAGCCGCAAGUCUCCACUGGAGGAAGCAUAAGACAGAAAUCAGUCGCCGAGAUUUUGUCUGGGCCGUCCUCGAAGGAUCUAUCAGUACCACAGCAGAUCAGAGCAGAUCGCCAAUCUCAGGUGCCCAUCACACCAACAUCACAAUCACCGAGGCCCCGUGCCAGGAGUUUCACGGACAGACAUCGACUCAAGGAAAAGAGCAGGCUGGCAGGUGUGAUUUUUGGGAAACAGCCACACUCAGCAUCGGACGCCGAUAAAUCUUUGGUUCAUGCUCGAGCAAAAUCUACAGGUCAUAUGCCCACUGACGACUAUUUCACACCUCUUUUUGUCCAAGGGUUUUCCAGUGGAUCGAAAUGGAUGAAACCACUGGAGCAGAUACUCCAUCAUGCUCACAAGACAGUUUCGACUCCAGAUGCUUACCUGCAUAUUAACGAAAGCCAAGCAUGCAAGGUCCUUAAGAGAGUCUAUCAUUUGCAGCAGCAGGAUAAGUGGUCGCUACGCCAACCGAAAAGAUGUCCAGAACCAAUCAGACAGACAAGCCAAUGGGACGUCCUCUUGCAGGAAAUGAAAUGGAUGCGGACUGAUUUCCGUCAAGAGAAGAAAUGGAAAAUGACUGUUGCGCGUAACCUGGCGUAUGCUUGUGCCGAUUGGAUUGCAUAUCCAGAGGAACGGACAGAGCUUCAGGUCCAUGCCGUUACCCCAGACUUUCCUCCCAAGGCAAAGUGGGUCAACAGCGAGCUGGUAUUCGAUCGAGAUAUCACAAUGGGUAGCGGUGAUGGUCUGGACAUUCCAGAGAACCAUGGUACCCCUGACUUGAUCUCCUCGGCAGAUAGCAACUCUCUUUUGGAGCAAGAUGAGGAGCCUCACGAUAACAUUCUCGACACCAUUGCGCCUUCAGCGAUAUUCACACUCGACGAUCACGAAGUAGUAUUUGGGCUUUCUGCAUCUCCACAUACAGAUCGGCUUCUGGAAGAGUUGCCGCUCUAUGGAGCGCCACUCAAAAUUCCCGAUACAGAUCUCGUCGUACCCAAACAUGACCCUGAUGCUCACUGGAAACGGGAGGCUUUGCCACUGAGCAAGUUUGUUGAGGGACGCCUAGAGUUGAUGUCAAAUGAACCGCCUCGCAAGCGGAGUCGAUAUCAACACGCACAGGAGGAUAGCGACGAAGAGCCGUUGUUUGACCAACCUCGUCCUAAAACUCAGCUUGAGCCUGAAAACCCCGAUGUUGCAUUGUUCCGAAGCGAUAGUAAGGCCAUGCGAGACCGCCUUCAUGCUGGUCAUCAAUUCCGCCCCCCUAGUGAACAUACGAUGCCUUUCCAGACGUUUUAUGAGUCUAGAACAUGUUCGCAGUGGACUGUCAGUGAGGAUGAUGAACUCAGAACCUUGGUUCGUGAGUAUUCGUACAAUUGGUCGCUCAUCUCGAGCAUUCUUUCGACCAAGUCCAUUUUUCCUUCGGGUGCAGAAAGACGGACUCCUUGGGAAUGCUUCGAGCGGUGGGUCAUGCUUGAAGGGUUGCCGCAUGAUAUGUCCAAGACACAGUACUUCAAGUUGUGGCAGAAUCGUAUAGAUCAAGCUCAACAGGUCAUCAGACAACACAAUGCCAACGCUCUCACCCAGCAGGCACAGCAACAGCAGCAGCAGCAGCAGCAGCAGCAACAACAACAACAACAACCACAACCACAACAACAGAGCGGUUCCGCUGGGCCAGUCACGCCGAUCAUUAGGAAACGGCUUUCGUUGCCAGUUAAAGUCGAACGACGCCGUAACCAAAAGCAUCUCACCAUGAUUGAUGCGAUGCGGAAACUAGCCAAGAAACGAGAGACGGCGGUGACAAAGCAACAGCAUGCAGCCAAUCUGGCCCAGAUGCGCAAGCAGCAAGAACCGGCUCAACCACGUGCAGGCCCCAUCAAAACUCCCCGCGAAUAUAGCAUCAUGCGAUGGGAACGAGACCAAGCCAUGGCAGAGAGGUUGGCUGAGCGAAUGGCAGCGCAUCAGCAACAGCGCAUGGAGGCUCAGCGCCGAGUACGAGCAGCCAACACCAGUGUCCCAACGAUCAAUGCUAACCCUCCAUCGCAGGCCGCUUUACAAGCCAGAGCACAGCAAGGUCAAGCUGCACAACUUCUCAGCGGGCAAACUCCUCAGGCGCCACAAAAUACACAGCAGCUCGGCGCUACUCAUCCACUUGCUAAUGUGAAUCGCAUGAAUGCGGCCAACCAGAUGGUUGUGAACGGUCAACCCAGACCACGGAUGCCAAUGCAGCAAGCUCCUACCAGCAAUGCCACUAUGGGUCCUCUGAAUGGCGGACUUGUUCCUCCUGUCCAGAUCAACGGGAAUGGUCAAGUUCAAAUGCCCGUUGUUAACGGCCAAGCCAGAAUGACUAUUCCCACCCAGCCAGACCUGAAUCUUGUAAUGCAGGCGCAACGAAUUUCGGAACAGCAGCGCCAGGCUGUGCAGAUGCGUCAAGUCCAGCAGCAAAACCACGUACCGCAGCAAGGAAGUCCUGCUCUGCAAAAUUCGCCGCCCGCGGCGCAAAUGCGAGCAGCGGUCGCCAACGGCGUGAAUCAGAAGAGCUUCAUGAACAAUGCCCAGACACAGGCUCUCAUGGCACAAUUUAAUGGUGCAACGAACCCAGGCUUAUCAACGCCGCCCGCUGCAGGCUUAAAUAUGCCCGCUGGGCAAUCUUCUUCGCCGAGACCCAAUACCAACAUGACUCCACAGAUUCAUCAGACAUACUUGUCACAACUUCAGAAUGUGGAGAAUCAGAUUCGGCAGACGCACCCCAACACUCCUCAGGAUGUUGUACGGCAGAUGGCAACACAGAUGCUGCAAAAUCGUCACAAUAGCCUAACACAGUCUGCCAUGAAUGCUGCAGCCGGAGGCCAGGGUCAGGCUAUUGCCAACGGGCCUCAUCAAUACGCACAGCUGCUCAGAGCUCAACAACAAGCUCAAGCGCAGGCAGCGGCUGCUGCCAAUGCACAACAGCAAGCACAAUCACAGCACCAACGUGCCUCGAGCGGUGGCAGUGCGACACCACCAGUGCCGACCAUGCCUAAAUGA